GCUGCGCGCAGGCAGCCGCUGGGCGAUGCGCUCCGCCGGCGCCGGUGGAGCCGCGCUCCCUGCAGUCUCUGAGCGCUUACCCCAGGCGCCCAGCGGCUGUGAGCUGCGGGCGGACGGCCGGGGUGCCAAGUGACAGCGCAAGCGGCGGGGGCGCCAGUAGAACUCCCCAGCCCUGGCAGCCCCAUCGGCCCCCAUGUUGUUCCCCAAUGGCACCGCCUCCUCUCCCUCCUCUCCUAGCCCCAGCCCAGGCAGCUGUGGCGAAGGCGGCGGCAGCAGGGGCCCCGGGGCCGGAGCAGCAGACGGGAUGGAGGAGCCGGGGCGAAAUGCGUCCCAGAACGGGACCUUGAGCGAGGGCCAGGGCAGCGCUAUCCUCAUCUCUUUCAUCUACUCCGUGGUGUGCCUGGUGGGGCUGUGUGGGAACUCCAUGGUCAUCUACGUGAUCCUGCGCUACGCCAAGAUGAAGACGGCCACCAACAUCUACAUCCUCAACCUGGCCAUCGCCGAUGAGCUGCUCAUGCUCAGCGUGCCCUUCUUGGUCACCUCCACGUUGCUUCGCCACUGGCCCUUCGGCGCGCUGCUCUGCCGCCUCGUGCUCAGCGUGGACGCAGUCAACAUGUUCACCAGCAUUUACUGUCUUACUGUGCUUAGCGUGGACCGCUACGUGGCCGUGGUGCACCCUAUCAAGGCAGCACGCUACCGCCGGCCCACCGUGGCCAAGGUGGUGAAUCUGGGCGUGUGGGUGCUAUCGCUGCUCGUCAUUCUGCCCAUCGUGGUCUUCUCGCGCACGGCGGCCAACAGUGACGGCACGGUGGCCUGCAACAUGCUCAUGCCCGAGCCCGCGCAGCGCUGGCUGGUGGGCUUCGUGUUGUACACUUUUCUCAUGGGCUUUCUGCUGCCCGUCGGGGCCAUCUGCCUGUGUUACGUGCUCAUCAUCGCCAAAAUGCGCAUGGUGGCCCUCAAGGCCGGCUGGCAACAGCGCAAGCGCUCAGAGCGCAAGAUCACCCUGAUGGUGAUGAUGGUGGUGAUGGUGUUUGUCAUCUGCUGGAUGCCUUUCUAUGUGGUGCAGCUAGUCAACGUGUUCGCAGAGCAGGACGACGCCACGGUGAGCCAGCUGUCGGUCAUCCUCGGCUAUGCCAACAGCUGCGCCAACCCCAUCCUCUAUGGCUUCCUUUCAGACAACUUCAAGCGCUCUUUCCAGCGCAUCCUUUGCCUCAGCUGGAUGGACAACGCCGCCGAGGAGCCAGUCGACUACUACGCCACGGCCCUCAAGAGCCGCGCCUACAGUGUGGAGGACUUCCAGCCUGAGAACCUGGAGUCCGGCGGCGUCUUCCGUAAUGGCACCUGCACGUCCCGGAUCACUACUCUCUGAGCCCGGGCCAAGCAGGGGCUUUGUACCAAGAGAAGGGGAGGAUGAGGAGAAAGGAAGGCCGGGUGCGAGAGGUGAAAGUAUCCCAGGAGUCAGGGUGCAAUGGGGAAAGUGGGGCUAGGACACUGUGUGCUUCUGGUGGAGACCCGGGAAAGGCGCGCGACAAAGGUGGAAUUGGACGCUUUGCGUAUAAACUGGGAAGACUAGCGGGCCCCCUUCUCCUCUUUCGCUUCUUUCUCCCCUGCGAUUGCACUUCUGCAUCCCUCUUCGCCCCUCCCUUGGCAAUUUCGGUCUUUCUUUACGCCCCGUCCUACCGGUGCAGAUCGUGAACUUAUUAACGUCGCCAGCUGAGCCUGACCCUCAGCCCCGCCAGCCGUCGUUUCUGUUUAAGCUGAGCCACGGUUACCGCCACGGGUUUCCCUCGGGAAAACCCAGCUGGCCCUCAGCCGCGCCUUGCAGGGCCCCUCGCUCGCCAGAUUCUGCUUGAUGCCUCUAGCGGAGUCUCGAGAACCACCACUCUCCCUUUCUGCAGCCCUACUUCAAAGGAAGUCAGUCUUGAGAAGGAUCUCGGCAGCUGGUCCUUUCUCCCACCCUCGGGUGAAAGGAAGGUGCGCGCUUCGCCGAGCCCCUCCGCCCCUCCCACUCCACCCAGAGCGGAGCCAGGUGCUUAGUAAAAUCGGUCCCGCGCUUCGAACCCCAGGCAUCCCGCAGUCCUUAUUCAAAGCCCACUUUGGAGCAAAAAAGGAGCUGAGAACAAGCGACUAGGGGUUUUUAAAAGAUUCCGGGCUUUGGUGGGGGAGGAGGGCUUGUAAUGGAAGCCCCCCUCCCGCCCGGCUCACAAACGGCUCUUUUAGUUUCAGAGACCAAGAGCUAGGCACUCCCGGGGCGCUGGUCUGCAUUAGGCCAGGAAGGACAGGGCGCACUUUCCCCGGGGGCCGCCCGGGAGCUUGGCUGCAGCUCCACUAGGCUUUCUCCUUCACCCAAGCUUCUGGAGGUGCACAUCCAAGAGUAACGACAGGCACCGGGCCGGGACCUCAGGUGACGUCUUCCCAGUCUCGGCCGAUCCCGACCGCGUCGCCGCCACCUGCAGGUAGAGGGUGCGGUCUGCCCGACC